CUCAAAAAUAAAAAAUACCCAUCUAUAAUAUAUUUCCACCUUUUAGUACUUCUCCAAAACCAACCUUAUGGAUCCUCCAUCACCAGAAGAGCCGGAGAUGAUUGAAGUCAACAUCGAAUGGAUUGGUGCGCCAUGUUCAUAUCAGAUUCGUGCUGAUGCAAAAGUUAGGCAAUUGAAACAAAAGAUUAAGGAUGAGUUUAUUAUUGGACUACCAAUCAGAAAGCAAGACCUUGAGUACAAUGGGGAAUGGCUAGAAGAUGACCGUACGUUGGAAGAUUAUGAAAUUCCUUCGGAAGCGACCAUCAACCUGGUUAGGAAAAUUGACCUCUUUGUGUUCAAACACGGCGUGGACGUAGACCAUACCCUCUUGGUCAAUGAAACCAUCACUGUGGCCAAAUUGAAGGAGAUUAUUAGGGAAUAUUUUGGUGAGCCUAAUAUUACCAGGUUGUACGACGAUCUUAAUAAUACAUUUCUGGAUGAUAAUUUGUCUCUGAGUGAUUAUGGAAUCACUGAAAGAUCUGAAGUUACCUACUUUGUAGAUUGAAUAUGAAUAUUAGCUAUAUUUAUAUAUAAUAAUAAUAAUAU